UCACUCUGUUUCGCUACGUUGAUUUCAUCCACCAUUAUCUCAUUUAACUAUUUAGUACGCCUCCUCUAUAUCGCCUCCAGCAUUUUAAUCCGGCGAUGCCUUUUCUCACCUUCAUGCCUCACUGUCACUUCCUCCAUCAUCACGGACGAUAUCAACCUGCCAUAGUUGGAUACUGGAGUCGGAGUCGAUUACUCCGUCAUCAUUCGUGCAACAUUAUAAACCUAUUAUUGCUUCUAUUUAACAGCCUUUUGAACUAUUCACGCGAUGAAUGUCCGUCGAGUGUGUUGGGUGGGUCUUGCGACCUUUGCUUUCGUCCUGAUUGUAAUUAGCUUGUUAACGAUGGACCCGAAAUUCAAUCAAUUCCAGAUUUUAGUUGAUUUUACAGAGACCCAAAAGGCGGCUGGGAAUAUGUCGGCCGGAGAAAUUUUCCGUUAUUUGCAUAGGACCAACAGCACGUCGUGCUUAUUCGCUGUUGAUUUUGGCUAUUGGGUUUGGAGCGGCGGCGGCGUUGCGGCGCCCGACGGACACAAGGCCGUCUGCCUCGACCAGUUCAUCUCGCCCGUCUAUGACAACUGCCUCGUCUACUCGUUUGGCAUCAACAAUCAGUGGACCUUCGACGAAGCCAUGGCCAAAUUCGGCUGUCAAGUUUAUUCAUUCGAUCCGUCGAUGGGCGUCAGCGACUACGACCGGAGUCAACACAUUCAUUUCCAUAACCUCGGCCUGUCCGGCAAGAAUGAAGCGCACCCGACCACAAAGUGGAACCUGAAAACGGCCUCGUCCAUCUACGAGAUGCUGAGGCACCACCCGACGCUUAUCGACGUUCUUAAAAUGGACGUCGAGUUCUACGAAUGGGACGCCAUUCCGCAAAUGUUGCGGUCCGGUUUUCUGACAGACAAAGUCAAACAGCUGGCAGUUGAGAUCCAUUUCAACGCCAACGAUACGUUGGAGACAUUCAGGCGUUAUGCGGGCAUCCUGCAAGACCUGGAAUCAAUGGGGCGAUUUGUUCGUUUCAGUUCACGACCCAAUCCGUGGCUCAAGCGGCCCAUAUCGAUCCUCGGAGGCAAAGAAGAAUAUAUUGGCAUGGAACUGACGUGGUAUAAUUCCAGAUUUUAUAAUUCCUCGUCGGUAAUAAUAUGAGUGAUUGAAGAUGUCAAUAUAUCGUGUCAAUAAUAACGUGCUGUUUUCUAUUUACUUAUUAAUUCCUAUAGUUUUAUUUUACAAAUGUAAAUUUGGAAUUAAGUAUUACAAAUAAAUAUCUAACACAGUUUGUUCCCUUCAUUAAUCCAAGCUAAGAUA